GGAGUUGUGGCGCCGACGCUUUGGUUUAUGUUCCAGGCUUGGGCUAUAUCGAAGAGAGGCCCCUUUGUUCUCGAUAAUAAAUAAUCCUCUCUGUGCAGUCAUUGUUACAAUCUUGGCUUCUCUGUUCCUCCAAGAAGAGCUUUUCACCGGAAGCUUAGUCGGAGUGAUUAUGUGUGAUAAUGGGUCUUUACACUGUGCUCUGUGGGUAAAGCUAAAGAUGUUAUG